CUCAAACAUAUCAAACAAUUUCUCAACCGAAUAUGAUAGAAUUAUUGUCGUUACCGCGAAGACCAAAACGAAAUAUUUGUAUCCCAAAUAUAAAAAUUCAGUCUGGCCUGCCGAUUAAUAGUCUACCAGGAUGGGAACACAUACCUCUAAAUUCAAAAUUACCGAUGUUAAAAUGCCCCGGAAAUCAAGUAAUAUUUUCGAAAAAUAAGAUCGGAAAAUCGCUAAGACAUUUAAAACAUGAAUUUGAUUCAUCAGGACACGACAAAUUUCCGGAAUAUAACCCUUUACACGACUCCAACUAAACUUAUUAUGCUAAUGAAAUAAACCUAAAGAGAUUAAGGGAAAACGGUGAAAUAACUUUGGAUAACGAUGUAAUAUGCAAUUUAAAAGAUUUUAAUGAGUUUCGUCAACAGUUGCAUAAAUCGCAAUUGUAUUAUAUAUUACAGGAAAUUAAUCGAUUGGAAGCAGAACACCUUGAUCAGCUUUUAAUAGCCAAUGCUGAAUGCAUAACCAAUCGUGAUCAUCAUAACCUCUCCGCCCGCGAACAUACAUAUUCAAAGAUUUUACAUCGAAAGUGGUGUUUAGACCAGCAACAAGCAGAACGUUAUAAAAUAUUGAACGAAAGGACAUUGGAAAAACUUACCUACAUACAAAUGAUUCAAACAAUUAAGCAAACUGCUGUUCUGCAUAAGAAGGCCUUGCGCCAAUUAAAGUUCCAAAAACAUGCCGAUGUACGCAGUGAUUUGCAGCGAAAACAACUGAUUUCGCUUAAAAAACUUUUUCAAUUUAAAAAAGAUCGUUUGCAUAAAAAUCUACACCGACUAUAUGAAUCUCGACAGCUGCAGGAGCAAGUGAAACAGAGAAAAUCCUGGAAUAAACGCUUAUCUGAAAGAAUAGCCAAUCAGGAAAAGGUGGAAAGAUUAUUGAUACAGGCGCAACUGAAGAGGAAUCUUUUUAUAGAAAAUCAUAAGCAGAAAUACAAAGAGAAGUGGUCAAAGAUCGUCCAAGAAAUAAAAAAUAGAGCUUUGAAAAAUCACAUGAAAAUAUAUAAGUUUCCAAAAAAACAAAGAGAAGAAAACGAACCGAAAAAGAGGCUAGCUAAACCACCAUUUACCUAUAGUUCCCUAUGUACUGAAUUCCAAGGUAGUUUUGAAAAGCUAUUAGAUAGUGAGGUUUGUAAAGCACUAAAUGCCGCUUUAGAUAUGGAAGAUAACGUCAAAGUCCCUUUUGAACCAGACGAUCCAAUUUACAAAGCAGCACAUUUUAUUAUGCAGCAUAUAUUGACAAAAUUCCAUAAAGAUUUAUCAGCGAACAAAAUGGCGUUCAAGAGUGUUUAUGAUCGCAUGGACAAAUUCUUCGAGGAAGCCAAGAGUUUCGUUAUUUUUAGAGCUACUCAAAUUAUUGCUUCAUUUCAAGAUGCUAAAAAACAUUUGGGAAGUCAAGUGUUUAGACGGGAUUCUGUUGGCAGGGUCUCCUUCAGUAAAAUACCAAGCACUAUUGGUAUGUCGAGUUAUCAAAUACAUCCUCUUAUUGAAGUUAGAGAAGUUUCAAAUCGAAAACCGACACCAGCAGGGUCUCUUACAUCCAUAGUUGUCGACUCCACCACCAGCUUAGUGCAAAAAACAAAUUGUAGUAACUUAUGUCGCAAUGAACUGGUCUUUAUUGAACACUAUGUUACAAAAUUCAAACGAGAACUUCUUGUGGGCAUGGGAAGACGUGUCUUUGCAGCCAUUCAGUGUCAUUUCGAGCACAAAGUCAUGGAUGUAAGACAGGAAUUACUGGAAAUUGAUCGUGACUUCCUUCUUAAACAAGUUACCAAAUCUAUACUGAGUUACGCGGUAAAUCCUUUGAAUUUUGAAGCAAUUCUUAAGUUAUGUAUUAGUACAUUGGCCGGUGAUAUUAUUUGGAAUUUGCAAAAUCAGUUUUUGAAGCCCAUGCGCGAGCGCAGGAGAGUUGCAAAGCCUUGUAUUUACAAUUUUAAAUAUUAAUGUCUAUGUACACAGUAUUAAAAAUGCUGACAGGUUUUAGAUUUUGUAAAUCCUUGAGAAUAGCAAUACAUUUUUGUUUUUGGUUCAACCUGACCAGUUUGUGAAAAAUUGUAAAAAUUUCAAAUCAAUAAAAAAAUAUUUUUUUCCUAAAAAUUGUUAAA